AGAGACUUCAAACUACCCCCCUCAGAAGAACAACAAGGGCUCAGUUUUUGUCAGGGUUUGCCCGCUUCAAGGCGCACCAGCGUCGUCAUUUUCACAACGCCAGUUUCUAAAUUUGGAAACCUAUAGAUUGGGACGGCUGAGUCCAAGUAGUCUGCAUCUGAGUGACAGGGGCAGAGGGGGGAAAAAGGGCCCUCUGUGACGAACAUGGAGUUGUUUAUGGACUGGGAGGAAUUUUAAUGUUUUAACCAGACAAAUCUGGGACAAAACCAAGUUGAGUGUUUUGUUACAGCUCCCCCGACCCAAGGGAAUGAUUCGACGUUUGUUUCUCGCCGUCGUCUUUAAUCUCUGUGUGUCUCAGUGCCAUGGGGGCUGUGCGGAGGUGGACUCCAUGACGGAGGCGGUGCUGGGGAAGAGAUUCCUGCUCGGCUGCAUCUCAUGUAAGAGGAGAGAGGAGGUCAUCGCUCACACCACCGUGGAUUGGCACUUCAAACCGGAGGGAGAGGAGGAUUUUCGGCAUAUCUUCCAUUAUGACCACCCUGAGGCCAGCAUCCUCCAUGAAGGCUUCAGCAACCGUAUCAGCUGGAAAGGCACGAAGGACACGGAUAUUCAGAUAGGAGCCAUUUCUAUUCUCAACAUCACUUUUAAUGACACGGGAACGUACCGCUGCACCUUCCACCGCAGCCUCUUUCUGCCUUUGUCCAAUGAGAACGUCACCGUGGAGAAGGAGGUGGAGCUCAGCGUGGUAGCUGUAGCCAACCGGGAGCUGACGGCGAUGAUCUCAGAGAUCAUGAUGUUCGUGCUGAUCAUAGUUCUCCAGCUGUGGCUGAUUGUAGUUCUGGUCUACUGUUACAAGAAGAUCUCGCAGGAGCACGAGGCUCGGGAUGCUCACAAGGCCUGUGUUUCCAGCCUCUUAGGGUCAAAAGGCAGCUGUGAUGGGGUACAAAUAGAGUAGCUCCAGUUCUGGGAAACAAGAAUCUUUCUGAAACUCCACAAAUGCCAAGAUAUUUCAGCGGGAAACUACGUCCAAGAAUUGAGGCGUGAAUGCCCCUUGCACGCAAACAGAGGGGCAUACGACUCGUAUGAAAACUUACGUAGGAGCCAACAACCUGAAUGAGUAGACUGAGAACACCGUUUUUGUAAAUGUCCACCAGAUGUCUUUGUGUGCUGGUGUCUCAUUAGACCAAGCGGCUACUGUGAUUUUCCGGAGUCGGCUGUAACUGUUCCUGAAUAGAUGGCUGUGCCUUGCCUGUGGUCCACUGCCUUCUGCCUGCUCUCACCUAUUGACUACAGAUCUUACCGGACCACCACACGGUCUCAAAUAAACCUCUGAAUCCUGAA